AAAUGCAUUGCAUUAUAAAUGUGCUGAAGGUUUCGGAAGCUACAUUGCGCUGAGGUGAAAUUCAAGGAGUACUUGCAGGUUGUCAGGUUGGCAGCAAAGAUGCAUCCCUCCACCCAUCUUGGAUUGUUCAUUCUGUUAUGUGCCCUUUCAAGAUCUUACGCUGGUAAACUACUGGUGGUUCCUGUUGAUGGAAGUCAUUGGGUCAAUAUGAAAGUCCUUAUUGUGGAAUUACAUAUGAGGGGUCACAGUGUCACUGUGGUCCGAGGUUCUAGCAGCUGGUACAUUGAGGAACAGUCUCCUCUCUACACUUCUAUCACAGUGGACAAUGGUGAAUUUGAUGAUGACUUCAUGGAGAAGUUCCUCCCCCACUUACUGAAAAUGCAGAGACAAGGAAAAUCAUUUUGGAAUGAAAUGGCACUUGCUGACGAAACGUAUAACAGAUUUACAGAGAUUCAUCAGCAAAUAUGCAAUAUGACAGCUACAAUGUUUGAAAAUGAAACCUUGAUGAAUUCUCUUAAAGAUGCUGCAUAUGAUGUUGUCCUGACAGAUCCUGCUUUUGGAGGUGGAGUGUUACUGGCACAUCGCCUUGGUCUCCCUCUUGUGUAUAAUGUCCGCUGGACCAUGUAUGGAGAAGCCCAUUUUGAUAUAGCUCCAUCUCCUCUCUCAUAUAUACCUGUUACAGGAUUACAAAUAACAGACAAGAUGACAUUCAGUCAGAGAGUCAUGAACAUGAUGACAUAUAUAAUGAUUCUUUAUAAAAAUACCAAGUACUUUGGUUUACCUUACCAAAAGUUCACCCAGAAAUAUUUUGGCCCCAAUGUUAAUUUCUUCUCGCUCCUUCAGGAUGCAGACCUCUGGCUCAUGAGAAAUGAUUUUACUUUUGAGUUUCCACGACCCACGAUGCCAAAUGUGGUCUACAUGGGAGGCUUCCAGUGCAAACCAGCAAAGCCACUUCCAGGUGAUCUUGAGGAGUUUGUGCAGAGCUCUGGAGAACAUGGGGUAAUCAUCAUGAGUUUGGGAACAGUUUUUGGUCAGCUUCUGAGUGAACUCAAUGAUGAAAUUGCUGCAGCAUUCGCUCAACUGCCUCAAAAAGUCAUUUGGAGAUACACAGGUCCACGCCCUGCAAACCUCGGUAACAAUACUUUGAUUGUGAGCUGGCUGCCCCAGAAUGACGUGCUUGGACAUCCUAAAACUAAACUGUUUGUAGCACAUGGAGGCACCAAUGGACUUCAGGAGGCCAUCUAUCAUGGGGUGCCCAUUGUAGGCCUUCCUUUAGCUUUUGAUCAGCCUGACAAUCUCUCCAGGAUGCGAGCAAAGGGAACAGCAAAAAUUGUAGACAUUGCAACUUUGGACAGGGCUGUGUUUCUAGAGGCGUUGAAGGAAGUGUUGCAUAAUCCAUUUUACAGAGAGAACAUGCAGAGACUGUCCAAGCUGCACCACGACCAGCCAAUGAAACCUCUUGAUCGUGCCAUCUUCUGGAUUGAGUUUGUCAUAAGGAAUAAAGGAGCUCCUCAUUUACGGGGACAGUCUUUCAGAAUGUCCUGGAUUGAGUAUCAGUCUAUAGAUGUUAUUUUGACAUUAAUGGUGAUGGUUUUUGUAUUUGCAUUGGUGACUGCUUAUACGACCAAAUAUUUUUGCCUUCGUUUAUUCAGAAAGAAAGUAAAGCGUGAGUGACAUAUUGACUGGAAAUAUCAUUAAUUUGAAUUUUUCCCACAUCAUUUUAAUCUAGUGUAUAAACAUAAAAUGACAAAUCUAGUCCUGUCAAUACCUUUAAUUGACAAUUACAAUAAUUUUUACAGCCAUCAGUAGCUAUUUCCAUUCAACAAUUUUUAUUCACAUUUUUAAUAAAAUAGACUUGUUGUGCAUAAAUUUUGAAAAUUCACAUUAACCCUAACCUGAAUUAAACUGGUGUAAAAAUGCAUCAGAUAUAUAAUUUUUUCAAUUUGUUUUUGCAUAAAUCUGUUAAUCAAUCUCAGUCCUCAUCAAAAUUACUAAAUUGUUUAGAAAGU